GGCGCGCACGUGCACUGCCGAAGUACAGGGCCGGCAGUGGCGAGCCCGCCCCCUUCGGGACCCCACGCUGCCGGAAGCGGAAAUAGCGCCCGGCGUCUCCAGAGUAGCUGUAACUGCCACCGCGAUGCCGAAGGGACCCAAGCAGCAGGCGCCGGAACCCGAAUGGAUCGGGGAUGGGGAGAGUACGAGCCCCACAGACAGAGUGGUGAAGAAGGGGAAGAAGGACAAAAAGACCAAAAAAACGUUCUUUGAGGAGCUAGCUGUAGAAGACAAACAGGCUGGGGAAGAAGAGAAAGUGCUCAAGGAGAAGGAGCAACAGCAGCAGCAGCAGCAAAAAAAGAAACGAGACACCCGAAAAGGCCGGCGGAAGAAGGAUGUGGAUGAUGAUGGAGAAGAGAAAGAGCUCAUGGAGCGUCUUAAGAAACUCUCUGUGCCAGCCAGUGAUGAGGAGGAUGAGGUCCCUGCCCCCAUACCCCGAGGAGGGAAGAAAACUAAGGCUGGUAAUGUUUUUGCAGCCCUGAUUCAGGAUCAGAGUGAGGGUGAGGAGGAAGAAGAGAAACAUCCUCCUAAGCCUGCCAAGCUGGAGAAGAAUCGGAUCAAUAAGGCUGUAUCUGAGGAACAACAGCCUGGGCUGAAGGGCAGAAAGGGCAAGGAAGAGAAGUCAAAGGGGAAGGCCAAGCCUCACAGUAAAUUUGCCACUCUGGACAAUGAAGAGGAGGAGGAGGAAGAAGAAGAAAUAACAAAAGAGAAGGAGCCACCCAGACAGGGGAAGGAGAAGGCCAAGAAAGCAGAGCAGGGUUCAGAGGAAGAAGAAGAGGAAGAAGAGGAAGGGGAGUCUAAGGCUGAUGAUCCUUAUGCUCACCUUAGCAAAAAGGAGAAGAAAAAGCUAAAGAAACAGAUGGAGUACGAGCGCCAGGUGGCUUCAUUAAAAGCAGCCAAUGCUGCUGAAAAUGAUUUCUCCGUGUCCCAAGCAGAGAUGUCCUCCCGCCAAGCCAUGUUAGAAAAUGCAUCUGACAUUAAGCUGGAAAAGUUCAGCAUCUCGGCCCACGGCAAGGAGUUAUUUGUCAACGCAGACCUGUACAUUGUAGCUGGCCGCCGCUACGGACUCGUGGGGCCCAAUGGCAAGGGCAAGACCACUCUCCUCAAGCAUAUCGCCAACCGGGCCUUGAGCAUCCCUCCCAACAUCGACGUGCUGCUGUGUGAGCAGGAGGUGGUAGCAGAUGAGACACCAGCUGUGCAGGCUGUUCUUCGAGCCGACACCAAGCGAUUGAAGCUGCUGGAAGAGGAGCGACGGCUCCAGGGGCAGCUGGAGCAGGGAGACGACACAGCUGCUGAGAGGCUAGAGAAGGUGUAUGAGGAAUUGCGGGCGACUGGGGCAGCAGCUGCAGAGGCCAAAGCCCGGCGGAUCCUGGCUGGUCUGGGCUUCGACCCUGAAAUGCAGAAUCGGCCCACACAGAAGUUCUCGGGGGGUUGGCGCAUGCGUGUCUCCCUGGCCAGGGCGCUGUUCAUGGAGCCCACGCUGCUGAUGUUGGAUGAGCCCACUAACCACCUGGACCUCAAUGCUGUCAUCUGGCUCAAUAACUACCUCCAGGGCUGGCGGAAGACAUUGCUCAUCGUCUCCCAUGACCAGGGCUUCCUGGAUGAUGUCUGCACCGAUAUUAUCCAUCUUGAUGCCCAGCGGCUCCAUUACUAUCGGGGCAAUUACAUGACCUUCAAGAAGAUGUAUCAGCAGAAGCAGAAAGAACUGCUGAAGCAGUACGAGAAGCAGGAGAAAAAGCUGAAGGAGCUAAAGGCAGGCGGCAAGUCCACCAAGCAGGCGGAAAAGCAGACAAAGGAAGCCCUGACUCGAAAGCAGCAGAAAUGCCGGAGGAAAAACCAGGAUGAGGAAUCACAAGAGGCUCCGGAGCUCCUGAAGCGCCCCAAGGAGUACACUGUGCGCUUCACUUUCCCCAACCCCCCGCCGCUCAGCCCUCCUGUGCUGGGUCUGCACGGUGUCACGUUUGGUUAUGAGGGGCAGAAACCACUCUUCAAGAAUCUGGAUUUUGGCAUUGACAUGGACUCCAGGAUCUGCAUCGUGGGCCCCAAUGGCGUGGGGAAGAGCACCCUGCUCCUGCUGCUGACAGGCAAGCUGACCCCAACUCGUGGAGAAAUGAGAAAGAACCACCGGCUGAAAAUUGGCUUCUUCAACCAGCAGUACGCAGAGCAGCUGCGCAUGGAGGAGACGCCCACUGAGUAUCUGCAGCGGGGCUUCAACCUGCCCUACCAGGAUGCCCGGAAGUGCCUGGGCCGCUUUGGCCUUGAGAGUCACGCCCACACCAUCCAGAUCUGCAAACUCUCUGGUGGGCAGAAAGCCCGAGUUGUGUUUGCUGAGCUGGCUUGUCGGGAGCCUGAUGUCCUCAUCUUGGAUGAACCCACCAAUAACUUGGACAUCGAGUCUAUUGAUGCUCUCGGGGAAGCCAUCAAUGAAUACAAGGGCGCUGUGAUUGUUGUCAGCCACGAUGCCCGACUCAUCACAGAAACCAACUGCCAACUGUGGGUGGUGGAGGAGCAGAGUGUUAGCCAGAUCGAUGGUGACUUCGAGGACUAUAAGCGGGAAGUGUUGGAGGCCCUGGGCGAAGUCAUGGUCAACAGACCCCGAGAGUGAGUUUUCCUUCUUGGAAGUCUCCUGAACGACAAGCUUGCGUGGCCUACAAGUCCCCUGUUGUCUCCCUUUCUCCGCUUGGACACCUUCCUCUGGUCUGCAGCUGACCCAGCAGCCACUCAGGCACAGGAAGGCGGAGCAUGAUCUUGAUGCGACCAGGGUACCACUUUGAUCGGUUCCUUGUCUCUGAAAGACCAGUCUGUUUCAGUUUUCUUCAGAUAACUAAGCUAGCCUUAUCACUGACGUCCCUCCGUAUACACAGAGGUGACCUGCAUUGUGUAGGCCUCAUCCAGCCAAGCUUAAGUAGCCAGUUGUCUCGAGAUGCUUUUAUCAUUAAGAACCCUGCCUCUGGUCCACCUGAAAGCUUCAGGCCCAGCUGGCCUCCUGGUCUUUGAGCGGCGCUGCCCAUUUCUGGUGGAUUUAAUGUUGACUCACGGACACCGACAGCUGUUGCAGUGCAGUGCUGGAGGCAGGUUCUGAGGCCUGUGCUAUUACUCAGCCCAGGGUUUGGUGCCUGCAGUCACUUGUCUAGUUGGGGACUUGGGGGCAGGAAAGAAUUGCCACUCAACUUGAAUCUCCCUUUACAAGGGGAAGAAAUAAAGGAGUUGUUGCCACCCUAU